AGGAAGAAACACAGCGAUGAUGGAGAAAGGCCUUCAGAGACAGGAAACGACAGGGUGGAGAGAAGGAUUUGUGUUAAGUGGGACGGGAAGACAGCUAUUUUCAGGUGGAGAUAGGCGGACACCCCACCGCACAUCCCCCCAACCCCCGAUCCUUCCUCUGCUAGGGUCCUCCUGGCUUCAUAGGAAGAGGCACUCUUGUCCCAUCGUCCACCGAUGCUGGCUGUCCACACCCAUUGGGUUUUAUUUGGGGCACUAACAGCGUUGUUAGCACCUAAAACUGGUCGCAUGCAUCCAAGAGGUAGUAAACGCAAGAGAGAGUGAGGCCACAUAGUGGCGAAUCUACUUUCCUUCUGACACGGGAAGCAGAGAUGGACAGGGCAUCAGGAGACAGCGCUGUCACUUGCAGGUGAGCGUGCUGACCACGCUGGAGCGCAGGUUCAACCUGCAGAGCGCGGACGUGGGUGUGAUCGCCAGCAGCUUCGAGAUCGGGAACCUGGCGCUCAUCCUCUUCGUGAGCUACUUCGGGGCGCGCGGGCACCGGCCGCGCCUCAUUGGCUGCGGGGGUGUCGUCAUGGCACUGGGCGCCCUGCUGUCCGCGCUGCCGGAGUUCCUGACCCAUCAGUACAAGUAUGAGGCUGGCGAGAUCCGCUGGGGCGCAGAGGGCCGCGACGUCUGUGCUGCCAAUGGCUCGGGUGGCGACGAGGGGCCCGACCCUGACCUCAUCUGCCGCAACAGGACUGCCACCAACAUGAUGUACUUGCUGCUUAUUGGGGCCCAGGUGCUCCUGGGCAUCGGUGCUACCCCUGUGCAGCCCCUUGGGGUCUCCUACAUCGACGACCACGUGCGGAGGAAGGACUCCUCGCUCUAUAUAGGAAUCCUGUUCACGAUGUUGGUAUUUGGACCAGCCUGUGGAUUUAUUCUGGGCUCCUUCUGUACCAAAAUCUACGUGGAUGCUGUCUUCAUUGACACAAGUAACCUGGACAUCACCCCCGAUGACCCCCGCUGGAUUGGAGCCUGGUGGGGUGGCUUCCUGCUCUGUGGUGCCUUGCUCUUCUUCUCAUCUCUCUUGAUGUUCGGGUUCCCACAGUCCCUCACCCCACACUCAGACCCUGCCAUGGAGAGCGAGCAGGCCAUGCUUCCUGAAAGAGAAUACGAGAGGCCCAAGCCCAGCAACGGGGUCCUGAGGCACCCCCUGGAGCCAGACAGCAGUGCCUCCUGCUUCCAGCAGCUGAGAGUGAUCCCGAAGGUCACAAAGCACCUGCUCUCAAACCCUGUGUUCACCUGCAUCGUCCUGGCUGCCUGCAUGGAGAUCGCGGUGGUGGCUGGCUUUGCUGCCUUCCUGGGCAAGUACCUGGAACAGCAGUUUAACCUUACCACCUCUUCUGCCAACCAGCUGCUCGGGAUGACCGCAAUCCCAUGUGCCUGUCUGGGAAUCUUCCUGGGUGGCCUCCUGGUGAAAAAACUCAGCCUAUCUGCCUUGGGGGCAAUUCGGAUGGCCAUGCUUGUCAACCUGGUGUCCACAGCCUGCUAUGUCUCCUUCCUCUUCCUGGGCUGUGACACAGGCCCUGUGGCUGGGGUGACUGUCCCCUAUGGAAACAACUCAGCGCGGGGUGCAGCCCUGGACCCCUACUCACCUUGCAAUAAGCACUGCGAAUGUCAAACUGACUCCUUCACUCCAGUGUGCGGGGCUGAUGGCAUCACCUACCUGUCUGCCUGCUUUGCUGGCUGCAACAGCACGAAUCUCACGGGCUGUGCAUGCCUCACCACCGUCCCCCCAGAGAAUGCCACCGUGGUUCCCGGAAAAUGCCCCAGUCCGGGCUGCCAAGAAGCCUUCCUCACCUUCCUGUGUGUGAUGUGUGUGUGUAGCAUGAUUGGUGCCAUGGCCCAGACGCCCUCCGUCAUCAUCCUUAUCAGGACAGUCAGCCCUGAACUCAAGUCUUAUGCCCUGGGAGUUCUUUUCCUCCUCCUUCGUUUGUUGGGCUUCAUCCCCCCACCCCUCAUCUUUGGGGCUGGCAUCGACUCCACCUGCCUGUUCUGGAGCACGUUCUGUGGGGAGCAAGGCGCCUGUGUCCUCUACGACAAUGUGAUCUACAGAUACCUGUACGUCAGCAUCGCCAUUGCACUCAAGUCCUUUGCCUUCAUUCUCUACACCACCACGUGGCAGUGCCUGAGGAAAAACUAUAAACGCUACAUCAAAACCCACGAGGGCGGGCUGAGCACCAGUGAGUUCUUUGCCUCUACUCUGACCCUAGACAAUCUGGGGAGGGACCCUGUGCCCGCACACCAGACACAUAGGACAAAAUUUAUCUAUAACCUAGAAGACCAUGAGUGGUGUGAGAACAUGGAGUCUGUUUUAUAGUGACUAAAGGAGUUGAACUCUGUAUUAGUAAUCCAAGUAAUCCAAGGGUCAUUUUUCUUAAAAAAAAAAAAUUUGCAAAAAACAAAAAAAACACAGAUGUGUGCGCGUGCACACACACACACACACACCCCACCUUUUCCUCAAAAUCAGAGCCAGACAGGAUUCAGAAUAAGGAGAGGAUGGCAUGGUCCUGGACGAUGCUCAUGCUUCCAGGCCUCAGAGUCUGCUUUGAAGGUACCUCAUGGUUUUCAGGAUGCUGACAGCUGCAAGCAACGGCACUUGCCAGGUUCAGGGAACAGUGGAGACCAGCUUGAAGGAUGGACAUUUCUGGACAUACAUACACAUACAAAACACAUGUUCAAAUUGAGAACAUUGCCAGAUUAAGCUCUAGUGACAGACCCUGUGCCACCCUCUCCCUCCUCCACAUGAAGUAGGGGUAUGCAAGUCGGAGGCAUGGAUGCCCUGCUCCUCUCUCUCUCUCUACCUUUUGCAAUAUGGGUCUCUGUGUAGACGACUCACCCAGUCUGCAUGUGGUUCAAGGCCCCAGAGUUCUCAGUGAUGCUAAUGGGUGAUCCAUGCUGGAGUGUAUUGUUGGCCCCUCUCACCAGCUCCAUGUCCAUGUUUAAGACUGAGGGCCUAAGGGGGAGCUGGGUAGGGGGUCAGCACCUCCCCUACACCUGGCAGCACCUCUCAGUGGUGACAGCCACCUCCCCCAAGCCCCACAGUGUGACCUCAGGAAGCCCCAGGCCUCACCUGGCUAUGACUGACUUGCUCAGAGCCGGUGAGCCCCAACAUAGCUCAAGUCAUUUGCCAAACCUUUUGCCAUUUUUUUCAAAAAAAAAAAAAAAAAACAAUGCAUAUGAAUUUCAAACUGUUGUAUGUAUAAUCCUCUAAUACUAUUUUUAACUACUUCUAAAAAAAAAUCUGUGUUAACCCUUCAGUCACUAACACAGUUCUAAAGCCCGGGUUUAUGACGCUGGUUGCUUUUACUUUUCUUCUUUUUUAAUGCACCAAAAAUAUAAUGUGAUUC